CUGAGCAAACGAAUAAAUAACAAAAAAAUCGCACCGCACUCGUUAGUCAAACGCACGGCUCUAAUCAGAGUGGUCUUGCACGGUUUUUCGAAGCAGAAGCAGAAGAAAUGUGCGAUUUCCCGAAGAAGACCCUCAUCGUGGUAGCGUUCUUCGCUGGAGGAAUGUCCGUACCGCAGCUAGAUUUACCCCAGUACGAUCAGCAGCAACAGCAACAGCAGCAGCAACCCCAGAAUCCGAGCGUAGAUUACACGAAUUACAAUUACGACAGGAAUCCCAAUUACGAUCGGGACACCUACGAUCGAAAUCCCAUCUACGAUCGCAACCUAAAUUACAACUCCAAUCCCAACAUCCCCCAGCAAAACAACAACAACAAUGAUAACAACAAUGAAAACAGAAGGAACAACGAGGAUGGGUACAGCUACAACGGUGACAUCCGUCAGUUGCUUCAGGCUUUGGAUCUUCAGGCCUCUCAGCAAUGCACCAGCAACGUUGCGGCCCAAUGGAAUUUCGAGACGAACGUCAAUCAAGUUACCCAACUCGAAGCGCUGAAUGCGCAACAGCUGUAUUCCGAUUUCCAGCACGGGAUUUGGGAGCUCUUCUCCAAAGUGAGGAACAGCAACAUCCCGGAUAUAAUGACCUACAGGCAGAUCCGGUUCAUGUCCGUUGUGGGACCCGCGGCUUUAGCCCCGGAUCAAUUGGAUAGAUAUAAUCGAUUGAUCAACGACAUGUUGUCAAUAUACAAUCAGGCUUCGAUCUGCGCCCAAAACGAGCCUUUCCGAUGCGGCUUAAGGCUGCAACCGGACUUGACCCACACCAUGGCUACAAGCAGAAAUUGGGAUGAACUCCAAUACGUGUGGACGGAGUGGAGGAGGAACACCGGGCAACACAUCAAAGACUCCUUCGAGCAGCUGGUCACCCUCUCCAACGAAGCAUCACGUCUCAACAAUUUUACUGAUACGGCGGAGUACUGGAACUUCCCGUUCGAAUCGUCUUCGCUCAACUUGGAAUUGGAGGAUGUCUGGGAGGAGGUCAAGCCUUUGUAUGAACUUCUUCACGCGUACGUGAGACGUCGUCUGAGGGAUUUUUACGGGCCGGAUAAGAUCAACAGGCAGGCGCCUCUUCCCGCUCACAUUUUGGGAAAUAUGUGGGCGCAAUCGUGGACGAACAUCUUCGAAAUUACGCAACCGUAUCCGGGUCGUGAGUAUCUGGAUGUGACACCGGAAAUGGAGAAACAGGGUUACGCUCCUAUCGAUAUCUUUAGAUUAGCCGAAGACUUCUUCGUGUCCAUGAACAUGACCGCACUGCCGAUUGAUUUCUGGGCCAGCUCAAUCCUAGAAGAGCCCACAGAUCGUGUCGUUAUUUGCCAACCUUCCGCUUGGGAUUUCUGCAAUAGCAGAGAUUUUAGAAUAAAGAUGUGCACGAAAAUAACGAUGAAAGAUUUGGUCACUGCCCACCACGAGAUGGCCCACAUCCAUUACUUCAUAAACUACAGGAAUCAGCCGAAAGUGUUCAGAGACGGGGCGAAUCCAGGUUUUCACGAAGCGAUAGGCGAAGCGAUCGGUCUUUCAGUGAGCACUCCGAAGCAUCUGCAGACUUUAGGACUUCUGCAAUCUUCCAUAGACGAUUCCGCUUUGGAUAUAAACUUCUUGUAUCAGAUGGCUUUAGACAAAGUGGCUUUUCUACCGUUCGCUUUCUUGAUGGACAAGUGGAGAUACCAGAUCUUCAAAGGGGAAAUCACCAAGGAACAGUACAACUGCCAAUUCUGGAGGCUCAG